UUUUAGGUUUCAUCGCACAUUGUUCACAAAUGUUUCUCUUCAGAUUUGGAGCGGGUUGUUAAAGUUAAUAUUUCGGAACUUUAAAGAUAUUUACGAUAAAAGUAAUAUCACAUCAGAUGGAUAUAUUUAAAAAAAAAAGCUUCACCACAUGGUCGAUACACUAGGUGUUGAAACUCUAUGACAUCACAUACCAGACAUAAUGUCAUAUCAGAAAGUAAUAGAUAAAAUCAAUAAGAACACUAUCAAGUGCACUGACUUCUAUGAUUUUGCUGAACCACUUGAAGUUUUUAAGAGAAAACUAAAUGUGGACGUCACUCCUCAAUUAGAAGAAGUAAAUUUUUAUAAAGGAGGAAGAAUACGUGAAUAUGGUUAUAUACCAGAGUCACCUGAGUUCCAAAAAUAUUUGAGUGAGGAGAGAGAAAGAGGAAUCAGAAAAGAGACUCAGCUUGUUAAAUUAUUCAACAACUUCAAACAAGGUCAUAUCUGUUUCGUGGGUCCUGCAGGUUGUGGUAAAUCCACACUCAUGAAAUCAACAUCAAGAAAGGUUUCGCAUGGAAAAUAUUUCCAAGGAAUUAUUAAGAUGAUUCAAUAUAUCGAAUGUAAACAAUUUAUGAACAACAGUAAAGUAACAGCAGGUGAACUAAUUUUCAACAAUCUCACAAAGGAAGAAGUAAGUCUAGCAGUAGACUAUGCAAAAACUCAUCCAGAGGAAGUCUUGUUCAUGCUUGACUCCUUGGAUACUCUUCAAUAUACUGUUGAUGGAGUUUAUGAAAUCAUCAGUCUAGAUGAGCCUGCAUGUCCUGAAGUUAUUAUAUGGAAUCUUCUCACUGGAAAGUUAUUUCCUGGGAUUCGCAAUAUAACAUCCAGUCGUGAGCAUUCUAUCAGAAAUUAUUGGGGAGAAGUUCGACCAGACAAGGUGAUUGCACUUGCUGGAUUAACAAUGGAGUCAAUCAAGGAAAUAAUUUCUGGAUAUGAAGGAAAUGAAGAAGCCAAAAAAAUAAUGGAAUUUCUUAAAAUCCAAGCACCCAUACUCAUGGUGCUGUGCACUACACCUGUGAUGCUUGUUUACACAUUGAUAGCGUUGAAAUUCAAAUCUGAAUUCAAACCAAACACUAUGACUGGUAGUAUGGUUGUGGUCAUGCAAAGUGUCUUACGAUCACCCCACACUCAUCAAGAAAAUAUGUUGGAAGUUUUGGGGAAAUUAAAAGAACUAUCCUACAUUGGGACAGUAGAACGUCGAGUUCUAUUUACAGAAAAUGAUUUUCGUCAAGUUAAUCUAAAACCUGAACAAGCAACCGAUUUAGCAAUCCUAGCUCCUGGAGGAAUAUAUCGUAAACUCUUUCAAGGAAUCCACCUUCUCUACUUUCAACAUCAAAGUAUUCAAGAAAUGCUCACAUCUUUUUAUAUUCUUGGACUGGAUUUAAAAUCCUUCGAGAAGUUCGUCGAUGAAGAUCUUCAUAUCGGUCACUUCGUUCUCAUCAGAAAAAUGAUGUGUGGACUUUUAUUAAAUCCCAAAGUUUAUGAAGCAGCAGCAAGUUUACUUGAAGAAAUCAAGCAUCUUGAAAAAAAACGAGAUAUUCUCAAGGCAAGUUUGCAAUUGCAACUCAAGAAACUAUCAAACAAAUCAGAUCUUUUGGAACUUUUCGCUGCAUUAAACGAAGCCAAAGAUGGAAUGAGUGACAUUGUCAAGUCAUCUCUUGAUACGAUUGACAUGUCUGGCCAUCCUCUCUCCAUCAGUGAUGUUCAUGUCAUUGGAGCAGUAGCUUCCCACUGUACAUCACUUAUAAUGAAUUUCAGAAAUUGUGAUCUCAAGUCAGCUUCACUUCAAACUCUUGCAUCUGGAUUGAAAGAAUCAAAUGUGGAGAUCUCGGAGUUGUUGCUUGAUGGGAACACAAACAUGGGAGUUGAAGGUUUAUCAUCAGUUGGACAAAUACUUCCCAAUCAUUCCUGUGUUAUAUACUUGGGCCUUAAAAACUGUAACCUGUCUUCAGAUCAACUACAAGCUUUCAAAUCUUCGAUAUGCAAUAAAAUAAAGAUUGAUCAGUUGAAUCUGUAUGAAGAUCAUAUUGCACACCAUGAAGAUAUUGUCGCAGUUGCAAAUCUGCUUCCUAAUGUAACAAAGAAGUUGUGGUUGCAAGGAUGGAAAAUUGGAGAGGAGGAAGAAGAAAUAUUACAGAAUCAAUUGGAUGAAAUUAGAUCUGAGGAACUAAGAAUUUGUCUGAAUGAAAAAAUACUCAAAAGUCAAAAGAAAACAGCAUAUUCAACGACUGAAGUCAAUUCUAAACAAAUCCCAGAAACAGACUUUGGGCCCACAUCACCACAUGGCAGUUUUAAGAAUACUGUAGAAAAUAUGGAGACUCUGGAUAAAGUUGGAAGUCCAAGAAGCAAAAUCCCGAGAAUUGAAGUAGAAGAAAUUCAGCCCGUAGAUGAACUAAGUCCAUAUGGUCUUCUCAAAAGUGAUCUUCAUGAUGCAAGAGUCACAUACGACCUUGUUGAGGUACUUUACAAGCAUCGAGAUGAUAAAAAAGAGGUGAUUUGUGAGGCCAUAAAAGAUAUCUCAAUAAAUCAUUACAACUUGAAUGAUGUGAAUAUCAAGGUCUUUCUCACCACAAUCUCAAAAUUAGAUAAACUUGAAAUGCUGAACGUACAGAAUUGUGGAACAUCUGAAUAUCUCAACAAUUUUUUUGAAAAAUUGGGAAGGACAAACUGCAAGAUUGCAAAAAUAAGUAUUUGGGAAAUGAAAAACCUGAAAAUUUACUCUAAAUCCUUGCUGAAGCUUUUGGCAAAAUCUGAAACAGAAUCACUGAAGAUUCAGGCAGUUGAGCUUGGAGAUGAAGAUGUGUAUCAGUUACUUGAAGAUAUUAAAGACCUGAAUUCAGAAUAUUCACUUAGUGUAUUGUCUGUGAGUCACAACACCAAGAUGGGACUGGAAGGCUUUUGCAAGUUUGGUGAAAUCCUUCACAUAUUACCUGUGAAAACAAUCAAUUUGUUCGAUUGUGAUUUAACUGAUGACAAGCUUUCGAAUUUGUUUGGUUCUUUGAAGCAUAAACAGAUAUCAACUCUAGAUGUAAGCGGGAACACCGAAAUCAUGCAUGAAGGGUUCAAGAUUAUUGGACAAAUGUCUGCAAAUUCUGAGUUGCGGAAUUUACAUGUCAGAUGCUGUGAAUUAGAUGAAGCAAAACUAAAGAGCUUGCAAAGUUCAUGCAAAAGCAAUACAGAAAUAUCAAAACUUGACGUCAGCUACAAUAUAACUCUUGGUUCUGAAGGAAUGGCCGAACUUGGUAGAACAGUGAUCAACUUUAAAGUUGAAAAUCUGAACAUUGCAGGUUGUGCAUUAAAUAAGAAACUCAUGGAAGCAUUCAGAUUAUCAAUUGAGAAGGAGAAAUUUAUGGUUGAAGUAUUGAAUAUAUCACGAAAUCCUAAGCUUGAAAACGGAAUUGUUGAAGUAGCUCGUCUGCUGGAAAGUUGUUGCAUGAAGAAAGUGAAUAUGAGCAAAUGCAUGCUCUCUGCAGGAAAUAUUCAUGAAUUUAGCUCAAUAUUGAGAGAAAAGAAUAUCCAGGUUGAGACACUGAAUAUAAGUGAAAAUAAUCCAACUUUCAUUGCAACACGACGUCACGCUGAAGCAGUCUGUGAACUUCUACGAAAUGUCUCAAAAGAGCUGAUUUUCAAAAUCACAUCCAUUAAACCUCAAGUCAGAAGGAUUUUGCAACAUGGAUUGGAAGAACUUUCAAAAGAAAAGAAAACAAAAAUUAUACUUGGGAAUGGCGAUAUUUUGGAACCUAAGAAUAGACAAGCACAACCUACUACUACAUGAUUAUAAUGAUUUAUUUGCGAGAAAAUAUAGCAUAAUAGCUGUAUUGAUGAAUUUAACAAAUUGUAAACAAUAUUAUUUGUAAUGGCUGAGAAUAUAAAAAAUUCUAGAAGGCAAGUGGAGUACACAUGGAGUACAAGUCGCUUUGAUUCGGAUCUUGUCUAUCAUUUUGUGACAUUUUUACGAGAAAAUCAAAAUAAACACAGUGUCUUAUUUGAUCAUUCAAUUCGAGAAAUUAUGGAAAUGCGAUUUCAGAUUGAAGAACGUCAAAAUGAAAUACAUGGUACAAACAAUGGCGGAUACCUGCACAGUAGAAUUUCUACUGCAUAUUGUAUUGAGUUACUUCAAAAAAUGACACAUUGCCUAAAUGACAUGCCUGAUACACCGAUUGACCCUUCAUGUGUCUAUUUGUCUAAAAACAAAAAGCAGUUCGCUAUUGCAAGUCCUGCGCCCCCCAACAACAUUGACAGCCUGAAAUACUUUGCAAAAUUUGCACUUUAUCUUCUUUCUAAUGGUCGUGUAUCAGACCAUGAUGACCCUUCUCCAAAUGACAAAGUCGAUGAACUGAGGAAAAUGUGUCAGCAAGGUCAAAGAGUGAAUGCGUCUUCUUUAUUAUCUUUUUUAAUAAAAGAACAAAACGAAGCAAAUCGCAUAAACACUAAUAUAGAACAAGAAAAUAUUUCUCUUGAACGGAUUAAAUCCUUGACUGGGUUUUUGUGCUGCAAAGAACCGAUUUUAGCUUUCGAUUUAGUGACUAAGAUGUACAAUGGAGAGUAUAAAGAGGAGCGCAAUGGUAAGGAGUACACUCGCUAUGAUGAAAUUUUGCAUCAUCCAUUUUUUUGGUCAGAGCCAAAAAAGUGUCAGUUCGUAUGUGCUGUUUUUGAGUAUUUCAAGAUGAAAGAUAAAUUUACAGAUGGAUAUAAAAAAAAAUAUGAUGACGUUUUAUGUGAAAAAUAUAAAAUGUCUGGUGAAUUUGUAUUCUCUGAAAAUGGAUGGAUUGAAUCUCUCAUGAUACCUGGUGAUGAAUUGAGAAAAUUGAACGAGAAAAAAGAAAUUGCCAAACCUAAAACAAUCCACAAAAUUGCAAUGAAAAAAAAUCACAAAGAGCAUUCUUUGUAUGAUUUGAUGCGUUUCUUUCGCAACCGCUACACUCACUUUUUGGAGGAUGAGGAGGAUGUUAGGCAUGUGUUUAAAAAUAGCUCAACUGGAUUUUGGAAUUUUUUUGCUUCUAGGUAUUCUUUCUUUUUCUAUUACAUUCACUCAAAGAUGUGGCCGGAAGUGGAAGAACUUUCGGAGUUCAGACGUUUUAAUGAAUGUGCUCCAGAGUCAACUUAUCUGAGUGCAAAGUACGGCGCAGACCCAUAAACUAAUUCAUUCUUAUUUGCUACAUAUCCUAUAAAUAUAUAUAAUAUAUGAACCCUUUUCAACUACAAGACAUGCAUUAAUAUAUAUAUCGAUAGAACAAAAUAUGGAAUUUUUGUAAAUGUUUUAUAAGCUUGGCUUAUUUUUGUUUCAAACUGCUGGGUGUGGUAAAAUCUUUUAUUGGUUGCCCAAAUUUUGAUGAUAAUGUAUUGUAAGAGUUUUAUACGGUUCAUUAAAAUUGUUUUUGUUCAUUUUGGUGCAAGGUUUUUGUUGAACAGUCUUAUGUCUUCCUAAGACUAAUUUAAAGACUUUCUAGGUCACCCCUUUUACUGCGUGUAUUGUUUUCUUUUUAUAAUGGUUACCAACAGGUAGCACAAUGUGCCAAAUGUCGAAAUACAGUUUUAUGAAGUAUAUUGCAAUCUUGACUAUAAAUAAUCCCAAGGUUACCUUUAAAACUUCUUUACAAAGUCAGAACUUGUCCCAGGAUUAUUCGGGCUAUAAGUCGUUGAAAUAAAGUGGUAGCUUUACAACGACCAUUAUCAUUCUGGUUUGCGUUAUUAUAUUUCAUGGGCACAAUGAGCCACAUCUCCGCAAAUUGUAUUGAAGAGUUUCAUAUGUGUAAUAUUUCAUUGACAUGCGCAUUUUGUGAAUAAUGUUUAACAAAAUAUUGGCUAGUACAGUAAUUUGUAUGUUAUGUGUAUGUUUUUAUGUUAUAAAAAAAUUAUCACAAAAAGUUCCUCACAAAAGUUUCACCAAGGAGUAAAAGAGACUGAUAUAUGAGUAAAGUUACCAGUGGCCACUUUAGUGUCAAAACUUUCUGUAAAAAUUAUUGCUUGGGAUUAUGUAAGUACUGAUUGACAUGCGACUAUAAAGAAGAUUAUGAGCAUUCGAUUUUAUUUUGAUUCUAACCCUUACUAUAAAAUAUUUUUAUUAUUUUUUAUAUUGUUAUUAUCCCAUACUCAGUGGGUUUCUGAUAUCCACCAAUUUCAAAUUCAUACAUAUAUAUAAAUAUGUAUAUUUAUAUAUAUAUAUAAAACACAUUUAGAAAGUUGUUGCAUUUGGGUUAUUAUCUUCCUCAUAUCUUAGACAAGUGUUUUUCAUGAAGCAAAAUAUACUAUUUGGGUGUGAGGUCUCGAGCCUUAUUUAUUUACAGCUCAUUGAUGGUCUUUGGCCUUUCUUCUAAAAUAACACCCUUUUGAAAUUGGAGAAUUAAAAUUUGAUUGCAAACCCGCAACGAGUUAUGAAACAAUACCAAGUAGGUUUGGAAAGAAAAAAUGUUGGACUUGGGUGAUUGAUUUUGACUCUCCGCCUUGUGGUUUGAUAUUAUGUUUCUAAUCAGAAAGGGCAAAUUGGUAUUUGAAGACUUUACUGGAAUUCAGUGGCCCUAUGCUCCUAAUCUAUGCAAUGUAAAAAAAACUGUUAAUUAUAAAUUUUAGUUGUUUUCCAAUGCUCAUUGUAAAUUUACAGUUUUUAUCAUUUAUGGAACUUUCAUCUACUGCACUCGGUUUUUCUUGUUUAUCAUGAUUGACAACUGCUGUACUAAAUCUUGCUGUAAUAGAAUACCAUUUCAUAAAUAUUUCAACUUAUCCCCUCUAAUCCUUCCUAAUGUAUAUAUAUAUCUUUUUAUAACUCCACGUAUUUCCCCAACUUUUAAAAUAGAAAAAUAAACGAAAAUAACAAAAAUAUAAUUUAAUUUUUUUUUGUCUAUUCCCAAAAUUUCCAAAAUAUAUAAAAAAACUAAGAAAAAGGAAGACUGAUCUACGAGCAAUGUUACGAUUGAUCACUGAAGCGUCAAAAGCUACUGAGCUUAUUAGGAGUUAUAGUGUGGAAUUACAUGUCAGUAAAUAUUGAUUGGAAUGAGACUUGAAGUAGCCAAGGGAGGAAGGAGCUCAUGGAGUAUUGGCUUUGAUUUUGAUUCUUCAGCCUAAAUGAAAAUAGAUUUCUUCAAAUUUUA